GUGACAAAUGAGGUUUUGUGCCUUUGAUCUUUUUGUCCAUCUUCUUCUUCAGGUUCUCGGUUCUGACUAAAUCCGCUAUGAUUGUCUGAGACAGUUGGGAUAUUCUCCGACAGUAAUGUUUUCUUAGCUUACAAGAUCAAACAAGUUUUUGUAGUAGCAAUGACAGUUCUGAAAAGGUACGUCUUAAGACUGUUCAUGUCGAUCAAGUACAUAACAGCAAACGUAGUGGACAGAAACAACGGGAGAAUAGUGACAACAGCUUCAACGGUGGAGCACGCAAUCAAGAACUCGCUAGAGUGUGGCCGUACUUGCAAUGCCAAGGCAGCGGCUAUUGUAGGAGAGGUUUUGGCUAUGAGGCUGAAAGUGGAAGGGCUUCAAGAUGGGCAAGGAAGAGGUAUCCAUGCCGAUGUCAAGAAAGAAAUCGAAAAGAAAGGGUUUAAGAGUCGAACCAAGGUAUGGGCUGUUAUUAACUCCCUUAAAAACAAUGGUGUUACACUUAUUAUUGACGAUGAUGAUGAUGAUGAUUACCGUGAUCGUUCUUUCGAGGGUCAUCGUUAAAUCCACAAGCUUUACUUUCUCUGUCCUAUUCUCUAGCUGUUAUGGAAUCUUAGAUUCAAGUCUGUAUAACUUGGGAGAUUCAAGUCUGUAUAACUUGGGAUAGUAAAAUCUUUGUCACAUAUAUAGCUUAUAGAGUGCUCGAUGACUUCAAGUACUUAUACUCUAUAAAAAUCAUGUCUAACCAUUUAGACUUUUUAGUUUCUGCAUUCAGUUUAACUUUUACU